AUGGCAAAGAAGCAUAAACUAUCAACCGUAGCGCGUAAAGUAUUGCGUGAAAAAGAGGAUCAGUAUAUUCAGGAGCUUGCUAACCGCAUCGAGGAGUAUGAUACUAAAACGUCAAAGGCAACCACUUUCAGAGAACUUCCCAUUAGCGAAGCUACCUUGAAGGGUUUACGAGAAAGCGCCUUUGUGAAGAUGACGGAGAUUCAAAAGGAGUCGAUCCCGGUGUCUCUUAAAGGGCAUGACAUGCUUGCUGCUGCGAAGACAGGGUCAGGGAAGACAUUAGCUUUCCUAAUUCCUGUCGUGGAAAAGCUUUAUCGAGAAAAGUGGACCGAAUUUGAUGGACUAGGUGCACUGAUUAUUUCUCCCACAAGAGAAUUAGCUAUGCAAAUUUACGAGGUAUUGGUAAAGAUCGGAAGACACUCAUCCUUUUCAGCAGGCCUCGUUAUAGGAGGAAAAGAUGUGAAAUUCGAACUUGAGAGAAUUUCACGAAUUAACAUUCUGAUUGGGACCCCCGGCAGAAUUUUACAGCAUAUGGAUCAGGCAGUUGGCUUGAAUACAUCCAAUUUGCAGAUGCUAGUUCUUGAUGAAGCAGACAGAUGCUUGGACAUGGGGUUCAAAAAAACUUUGGAUGCAAUUGUUAACAAUCUUCCGCCAUCAAGACAAACGCUUUUGUUCUCCGCUACCCAGUCACAGUCUAUUGCUGACUUAGCGCGACUCUCAUUAACAGAUUACAAAUCUGUGGGCACAGCAGACAUUUUAAAUCCAGCUGAUGGUCCUGCAACUCCAGAAACGCUUCAACAAUCUUACAUCACGGUUCCAUUGCCAGACAAGCUGGAUAUUCUGUUCAGUUUCAUAAAAACUCAUUUAAAAACAAAGAUGAUCGUUUUCUUGUCUAGUUCGAAGCAAGUCCACUUCGUCUACGAAACAUUUAGGAAAAUGCAGCCUGGUAUAUCGUUGAUGCAUCUACAUGGAAGACAAAAACAAACUGCGAGGACAGAAACUCUAGACAAGUUUAGCAGAGCCCAACACACUUGUUUAUUUGCUACUGACGUUGUUGCGAGAGGCAUUGAUUUUCCUGCUGUCGAUUGGGUAAUUCAAGCUGAUUGUCCUGAGGAUGUUGAUACCUAUAUUCAUAGAGUUGGGAGAUGUGCCCGUUAUGGCAAGAACGGUAAAUCACUUAUAAUGCUUACACCACAAGAAGAAGAAGGUUUCCUAAAAAGGCUAGAAAGAAGAAAAAUCGAGCCUAACAAGCUGACAAUCAAGCAGUCCAAAAGGAAAUCUAUAAAGCCUCAACUUCAGUCUCUUCUGUUUAAAGAUCCUGAACUGAAAUACUUGGGUCAGAAAGCUUUCAUAUCUUACGUCAGGUCAAUCUAUAUUCAAAAGGAUAAGGAAGUUUUCAAAUUCGAUGAACUGCCCACUGAGGAGUUCGCAAAUUCUUUAGGCUUGCCUGGUGCUCCUAAAAUCAAGAUCAAAGGAAUGAAAGCUGCUGAAAAGGCUAAAGAACUCAAAAAUACCUCACGGCAACUAUUGUCACUUUCAAAAGCAAAUGAGGAUGGAGAAAUUGUGAAACAAAAGGCUAAAGAAGUUAGAACGAAAAUCGACAAGAUGUUUGAUCGUCGUAACCAGACUGUACUGAGUGAACAUUAUCUAAAUAUUACUAAAGCCCAAGCUGAGGCGGACGAAGAAGAUGACUUCAUGACAGUGAAACGGACAGACCAUAUUCUCAAUGAAGAUGAACUGCCUCAACUUAUCGCGCCCACAUCAAAGAGGGCUCAAAAGAAAGCUCUUUCCAAAAAGGCGUCUCUGUCCUCAAAAGGCAAUGCUACGAAACUCAAAUUUGACGAAGAAGGUCAUGCACACCCUGUAUAUGAAUUAGAGGGCGAGGAGGAAUUCGAAAAGAGAGGUGACGCGGAAUCUCAAAAGAGAGAUUAUCUAUCUAAGGAAACGCAACUCAUGACAAAAGUUGAUGAGGACGACAAGCUAAUUGCGAAAGAGAAGAGGCAAGAAAAGAAAAGAAAAAGGCUGGAAGCCAUCAGAAGAGAAAUGGAAGCCGCCAUGGAGGAUGAUUCGAAUGAUGAAGAAGGUCCAAUGGUUGCAACACUAGGAACCGGAAAUUUGAGUGAUGACAUGGAAUCUGAUUCAGAAUCAGAAAUACAACCCAGAAAGAGGACUAGAUUUGCUGAUAGUGAUAGCGAUAGCGAUAGUGAUGAUGACAACAAACAGCAAAUCAUAGAAAUGGCCGCGCCUGAAACCAUAGAAGAUCUAGAGUCUUUGACAUCUAAACUUCUAAGUGGCUGA